AUUGCCCCUUUUUGGGACAGGAAUCCCGGGGGACACCCGUACCCCCAAGAAUCAGGUGUCACCUGGGUGUCACAAAUCCUAGUUUAAUUGGGCGCUAGGCUCCCUGUAUAUGAUUAUUUUUUUCAAUCGGGAUCGGAAAAUUCUGAUUAUAUAGUCGAUAAAUGUAAACAAAUUUCGUUAUUGCUGAGUAGCUUAUUGAGUAGCUUGACUUUGGUUUGGAGUUACUCAGUUAGACUCUGUAAUGACAAAUUCGGAGUCGACUGUCUCUGUUCUUUGCCAAUUCGACACAGCACUGUACAGGACAAAGAAGCCAAUCAUAAGGAGAAGAAUCCUCCAGAAGGCAUUCUCCACGCAAACUAACCCACUAUGUUAUAGUAUGACUUUACAAAUUCACAAAAUUUGAACCAUAAGGUCAAAGGUGGAAUGGCAAACAGAACAAGUCAGUCAAGUGAUUCCUCAACUAGUGCUUCAUUUGACUUAUCAUCGCCUCCAAGAUGUUCGUUAAGAAAAAAAAAAGGUGGAAGCUUAUCAAGAGGUGAUGGGUUAAAGAAAAAGAAACAACAAUCCGUAUCUUCAGACACUGAUUACAACUGGGAUUCUAAACCAUCCAGACAGAAAACGCAUGUAUCAAGCUGGACAAAGGAAACGCAUGUAUCAAGCUGGACAAAGGAAACCGCUGAGGGAUUUGGGCUGUUUUAUGAAAAAGAUGCCUCAAGAUUUAUAGAUUUUUAUGAUUUUUUUGGUUCCUGCAAGGCUAAAAGUAGAUAUGGGUUUAUCUAUCCAUUAAGUGGUGAAGAUAAAAAAUUGUUGGAUUCUUUAGUGGAGCAGACAGAUGAAUUGAUAGAGAAAUAUGGGGUCGAAAUGGAAACAGGCUGGGAAUGGAGAGUAGCUGCAGAUUGGCCGUUUGUUUGGACAAAAUGCCGUGAUGCUGUCAGGGUCUUGAAUGAAAUAGGCAGACCUUCAGUUUAUUCUGGGAACCACAUAAGGUGCUAUGCAGCUUUAGUAAAUUUCUACAAGGCACUUAAAGACUAUGUACAGGAGGGAAUGUGGAGAAGUAGUAGCAGUACCCAGUCAGAUGUUCCACAAGGAAUCUACACAGAACUUUGUUCAAAGUUCUUUGAAAUUUUCUUCCUUACGCCAAGAGGAGGAGAAUUUCGUAAAUCAGUGAUGAUGAUAAAGGACAUUCCAACAUCCAGUAGCCCAGAUUUACGUCUGACACUAUCAACAUCUCCACCUCCUUCACUCUUUGUUGUUAAAGUUGUUGAGAUUAAAAAGUCUGCAUUGGCCAAUAGUGUACCAUUUGAUAUUCACCAAGCACUAGACAACAGAGUUUUGGGUCAACACGCAGGGGAGUUGUUGUUAGAUUACCAGUUUUCUGUUUUUCGUGACUUAGAGGCAGUUUUUGGCAUAAUUUGUAUGCAGACUUCACUCAUUUUUACUUGUUUGAAAAUGACAACAAAACAUUAUCAAUACAUACAUGAUUUUGGCGAAGAUGUUGUGAUAAAGGGAAUGGAAGUAGAUGACAGCUCUGGUUUGAUCAAAAGUAUAUCAGAUGAUGAGGAUGAGAAGGGUGAAAAUAAAAAUUAUGAGAAAACACGUCAACAUCAGGAAAAGAAAACAUCAGCUUCUACAGAUUCCACUAUGGAAAAGGAUUUAAGAAAAAGUGGAACAAUUUUUUACACAAAACCGUACAAUUACCUUAUUUCCAAGGAUAGAAAAGAUUUGAUGGAGUUUUUAUUUUGGAUUGGAAUAAACUGUGAAAAAAUAACUGUAUUAUCAAUUUAGACCUUUCUUGAUCAGUUUCAUCAUUUCGCUAGGUAGUUUAGGUAAUUUUCAUUUUUUAAGCCCAAAAGUUCAACAUUUUUGAAUUUAGAACUAUUUCAGUCAGUUUAUCAAAAAAGAAAUGAACUGUUGCUGUCCUUUGUUAAGAUAUUUGUAAUUCAUGUUUUUCUGCCUCCUGUCUAUUAUGUUUAUCCUUGCAGUUUUGAUUCUACAGUAUCAGCAAACCAUUUUCAAGUUAACAUUAGGGUUGUCAAAAAGAUAUAGGGCACUUCAUUUCGCCUACAAUAUACAAAAGCACAUCAUACAUUUUCAAAAUUAUACAAUAUUCAGUUAAAAUAUAUCCAAUGAAAUGAAAAUAACACAAUUAUCUAGUUUAAAGAGUCCUAUUUACAUUGUAUCUUUAACGACAUCAAUGAAAUCUUAAGGUUCUGUGAAGGGCAUAUUGAAAAUUCAUAAGUAUUGAAUAAAAUGUUACUUUAAACCAAAGAAA